AUGUCAUCCUCUGGGUCUAGAGGGCCACCUAUCAAUCGAUAUAGUGAUAGAGGAGAGUAUGAUUAUAACAAGCAGAGGAGGAAAAAUUUUUAUAGUGGGUCGUCUAGAAGAGGAGGACCAGGGUCGUCGUCUCUAACGAGGUCGAAGUUACCAAGUAAGGCGACUGAUGGAAGCAUGGGGCCUAGUGAAACGCAUUAUUCGAGUGCUGGAAGAGCAAGAUACGGAGGUAGUAGCGGAUCGAAUUUACUAUCACGGAGUUUUGGACCCAAUGUGCGAGAUAAUAGAGGUUCUUACGGUUCUUAUGGAUCGUCUAAGGGUGCUUACUCGUCAUAUAAUCAAAAUUCUGGCUCUUAUUAUUCAGGAUAUGGGAAUUAUGGAAAUUUUGGUGGUAAGAGUGGAGACUAUCUGUCGACUAAUUCAUCUAAUUUCUAUAACUCUAGAGGCGAUACUUGGAGGGGGGAUAGAACUGGUUCUUCUGGAGAUUCGAGGCUCACAUCCUCAAAACCAUUAUCAUUAUCAGCAUCAUCAUAUAACGGCAGGCUUUCAAAUGGAGCCACUAGUAAUCCAAAGUCAUUAAGUGCUACAUCAACAGGCGAGUAUAGAAAGGAUAGAUAUGGUCUGUAUAAUCAGACUGAACCAAACGGCAGCAAAUGGAAGAGUAAUUAUAAUUCGGGCAAACCAACCUUGAAUAAUAGAAAUUCUUUUCCAAGUUCUGCGGGAAGCAGAUCUUUUUCAGCCAAGGAUAGGAUGAAGGGCUCGCUUAGUGGUAGCUCAUCACUUGUUAAUACUGGUAAAAGAGGCGACACAUACUAUCCGCCCAGAUCUUCUUACUCGGCAAAUAUUUCAAGUCAAACAUUCAAUAAGUCUCAGGUCGAUCGCUAUUCUAGUAAGACGAAAUCAUCUCCACAACUGGACUAUUACAAAACUAGAAACCUAAGUGGAGAAGAUGAGGACAACACGUAUAAUAAGAGAACAUAUAGUGAUCAUUAUUCACCUAGCCCGACUAACGACUAUGAACAAGGGGACGAUACAAAGGAAUCUGAAGAUGACUAUGAACCGGAUAUAUCACACCAUAAUAUAGCAAAAGAAAUACAUGACGAGAUGCAGAACGAUGAUCAUGGGGGUGAAAAUGAUAAUGAAGACGAUGAGGAAGAUGACGAAGAUGAAGAUAUGGAGACAGAAACUAGAGAAAAUCUUAUUGAACGGGAUAAUAAUCUAAAGUAUAGUCAUGAACAGAACGAUGAGAAUGAUAUGGGAAUUGAAACUGAAGUGGUCAAGCCUCAGGUCAAUGUAAUCCCGGUUGCUAAGGUUGAUCUUUCCAAUGAAAUAUGCUAUCCCGAUGGAUGUGAUUUCCCUGUUGAUAGAUUAGAAUCUGACUUUAAGAAUUUACAAGCAGAGUUUAAAAAAUUUAGCAAAACAGACGGCAAUUAUUUGAAAUAUUCAUUAGCAACGCCGAUAGAUAACUUGCAUGAUUAUCCAUUUUUUGCAAACAAUUUAAAAUUGUUUACUCGUAGAAGAGAAAAAUUAUCUAUAACUUUAUCGCACAACAAACGAUUACUACAGCGUAAAAAACUUUCUUUAUGGAAAGAUUAUUCAAGAGGUCUUGAUGAAUGGGAAUUACAAAGGGAGAAAAUUGAUCAGCAAUUGAAAUUAAUUCAUCCAGCUGAUGACGAAAUGAAAAAGGAAUUGGACGCAAUAGACAUUAGAAUCAAAGAAGACUUCAAUGUUGAGCCUACAAGUGCUAAGGAUAUUCUACCUCCUCCAAGUAGUAACCGUCGAAAUCGUAGACACGGUGAUUUGGUCACUACAGAAGCAGAAUUUCAAGAGAUAUUACAAUCAUUAGGUAAAGAACAAGAAGAAGAUCCUAUGAUUAGAGCUCAAAAGGUAUCUGCAUCGAUUCCCGAUUUUAUACUUGAUCCAAUUGAAAGAAAUGUUGUAAAGUUUAUGGAUUCGAAUAACAUUGUUGAUGAUAAGUUACAAUGGACUACUAGGGUUAAAACUGACUUUCAUAAUAACUUUUCAACUCAAGAGCAUGCCUUAUUUUGUGAAGGGUUUUGCAUGUUUCCAAAGCGAUUUGGAGCGAUCUCUAGACAUAUGGGUGGUUUGAGAACUGCCGAAGAUUGUGUUGUUCAUUAUUACAUGACUAAAAAAGAAGUCAAUUAUAAGCAAUUGGUUCUCACUUUCAAAAAGAAGGCAAAUAGGAAAAAUCGCCGUGGAAAGAUCUCAAAAUCAAGAAAUGUUUCUCAGAAUGGUACCCCUAUCUCAACCCCAACAACAGAAACCGCCAUCGAAAAUGGCGUAUUAGAAUCUUAUAAUAACACACCUACAUCUACUGAGAACUCCACAGAAUAUUUUGGAGAAGAAGUUUUCACAGAGACAGGGAGAAGAAAACGAACUGCAGCACCCCUGUUUGAAGGUAACGUGUCUGAAAAGAAGAAGACUGAUUCGCCUACUGAGGUUAAGACCAGUGAUUCAUCAAGUCUGUUACAGAAGAAAAAGGCAAGAAAACAGAAGAAAGAAGAUACACCAACAACUGCUGUUAAUGAGAUCAUUGAAGCCAAUGCGGAUAUUGUACCUGUCAGUGUACCAAUGCCAGAUACCAAUGACACCGAAUUGGAGGCGAAGGGAAGUGAGUCUGAAAAUGUCCAAAAUUCAGAACAAAACGAUUUGGAAUCAAAGGAGCGCCGUAAAACAAUUUCAAGUUAUUGGAGUAUUACGGAAGCCAAUAUGUUCCCAUCUUUGUUGAUGGAACAUGGUACUAAGUGGACCACUAUUGCAGAUAAGUUGACUACAAAAUCGGCAACAAUGGUACGUAACUACUUCCAACGUAACGCCGAAAGGCAUGGAUGGAAUGAGGUUGCCGAAAAGGCGGAUGAACGAUUACAAGCUAAAUUUGCAGCGGUGUUAAAUACACCUUCAGAACCGAAUGCGACACAAGAUCUGAUCGCAGAGAAGUAUCCUAUUCAUCCAUCUCAGCCUCCUGUUAUCAGUACUUCUAUAACUCCAACUGCAGCGCAAUCCGCUUAUAUCCCAAUAGGAACUUUCCAACAUGUGCAGUCAACCCCACAGAAUCACUCGUCAGCUUCACCUUCUCUCCCUCCACCUUCCCUGGUGCCAUUGAAUUCAAUCAACAAUAAACCAAUUUAUAGUAACGUCUCAAAUGACCCCAAUGCUAACGGGAAUCAUGGUAAUGUUCUCAACAAUUCUGAAAUAAAAAAAGAAAUGAAUGACAGGUCUCAACAUCCUUCUACUAUAACUUCAAUGGUAACCAAACCAGUCGGUCCUCAUUCGCAAUUACCACGUUCAUCAAUAAUGAGUUUACUUAAUUCUGACUCAAGUCCAGUCAAGUCUGAACCACCAAGAGCCGUUAAUGACUUGAAAUCCUUACUUAAUUCCCCAUCGAAUAAUAGCUUACCGUCGCUUAAUAAGUAUAGCACUCCUCCAUCAGGAAAUGGUUUGAAUGCUUUACUUUCUGCGACUACAUCAUCUAAACCAGAUGGAAACGAUGAUAAGGAUGAAAAGCAAUGA